ACGCAGGCAGAUGCUGCUCACUUUGAUUUCCCAUGUGCAUCGUCAUUUCAGAUCCACAUCGAGGUCCCUCCCUCCACGCUCUUUGCCUCCCCAGAUCCCGAUCUCUCUGCAACAGCACAGCAUCCUUCUAUGAUAAAACGCCAGUUCUUCCUUCUCUGUAAUUUAUUUUCGUAUUUUAGUUUAUCUCUCCAGAGAAAGCACUGGCAGAAAAAGUCAGUGAAGGUUCGUACCGACUGAUCUUUCAGGAAAAAAUUUCUUCACCGAGAGGGUCAUGGGGCACUGGCAGAGGUGGAGUCCCCGUUGCUGCAGCGUUUACACCUUCCAGAGAACGUGAGCGGAGUCUGCCAGCGCGGAGCGAGCUCCCGAGAUUUUCCUGUGAGUCUUGCGAGUCCUUAUAGCCCCGGACCCGAAGCGCUGCGAUCAUCUGAGAAUCUGAUUUGACCAUUCCACCGAGCUCGUGAUUACGGGAAAAAAAAAGCCCGUGCGACCAUCGCUCCAGACACAGGCAGCUCUGUGUCAGCUCUCCUGCAGCGCUGCGGAGGGACCGGCCGGAUUAUCAGAUUUCCACCGGAGAAUACAGAUCCUGGAUUAUUGAGCUACAUGGGAUUUGCGUGUUUCUUUCUAAUUAGUCUGUGAGUCUGAUUUUUAAAUUCUUUAUUUGGAAGGGAGUGGGGGAGCUGCCUCCUAAAAGAACAGAUGUCUCUUUUCUCUGACAUUUUAUGCAGUUAUUCUGGUUAUUCUGUGCUCCGUAAAUGACUUACUGCCUUAAUUGGAUAUUGGUGUCAAAGGUUGAUUAGACUCCCUAAUAGAUUUUGGACCUGCAAGCGGAUUGCAGUUUUAAAUGCGUGGUUAAAACAAUCGUGUUUGCCGUCUCCCGUCGAACAGUUGAGGGGAAGACUGAUUUAUUACAUUUGCCGUUAUCUUCUCUUUGGUUUAUUAAUGUAUCAUCAUGAGGUUGUCGGAUUUGGUUUUGUUGUUGUUGUUUUUUCCCCCUCUGCUGUUUCAUUUGCAGACAAAAAAGAAAUGAAUGUCAGAGAGGAUUUGUUUAAUCAUUUAACAGCUGACACAAGCCAUGUCCCUAACAAAACGUUGGUGAGAGUAGAAGAUUUCUGGAAUACAGCAGCUCCAAUACCGUGAAGCCGCUUCAGCGGGCCAGGAAAGCGUUUGCUGAAGGAUGUGGUAGCCUGGGAGUUGGGGCUCUCUGGGACGAGAUCAAUGGCUUGCAUGGAGCUUCUUUACCUGGCUGAGGAGAGCAGGCAGGCACGUCUGGACACCGCUGCUGGAUGGAGCCUGCCUUCCUCUUCCUAUGAUCAUCAGCAGUGUGAGGGGGCUGAGGUGGACCCCAGAGCAGCUGCUGUCGUGGCAGCCCUGCACUGUGAAAGGCACUGCAAGCCCUUGCAGAGGGGCCCAGUGGCUGAGACCCCUCCAGCACCCAAGACCUCCCCCUGGGGCACCUCGCCCCAGGAGCACCCUGUACCCCCUGGCAUCUGCCAGCCCUGCCACCCACCCGAGCGCUUGCCUGGAGAAGAGAGCAGAGGGAAGAAGAAAGCCUGCUGCUGUGUCCAGGAACUCGAGACUUCAUUCACCUGUGUGGAUGAAAAUGUAAACCUGGAGCAUGCAAAAAGCCCCUCCAAUCCUACAGGAGGCAGCUGCUGCCAGGAUGCCCCUGUGCAGCAGCGUUCCUGCAGGGAGCUGCCACAUGAGUGGGUGCAUGAUUCUCCUUCCCUGGUCUCGGAGGAGGAUGAUGCUGCCUCAGAGGCGGCGGCCGGGAAAUCAGUGGACUAUGGGUUCAUUAGUGCCAUUUUGUUCCUGGUUAGUGGCAUUUUGCUGGUGAUCAUUUCCUAUGUGGUACCCAGAGACGUGACUGUGGAUCCCAACACUGUGGCUGCCCGGGAGAUGGAGAGGCUGGAGAAUGAGAGCGCUAGGAUUGGUGCUCACUUGGACCGCUGUGUUAUCGCUGGGCUGUGUCUCUUAACUCUGGGGGGAGUGGUGCUCUCCAGCCUGCUGAUGAUGUCCAUGUGGAAAGGGGAGCUGUACCGGAGGAGCAGGUUUGCGUCCUCCAAGGAGUCUGCAAAGCUCUAUGGGUCUUUCAAUUUCAGAAUGAAGUCUAGUGCAAAUGAUAAUAUGCUCGAGCUGUCGUUAGUUGAAGAAGAUGUGCUUGCCAUAGAUAAUUAGUGUGAUCAUGAUUUUUAAGGCAGCAUUUCUACAGGAAAAGAUGUUUCAUUAAAGAAAACAGAUGCGGCUAAAGAUAGCUGGUGAUGCAGUUUAUUUGUCGGACAAGAAUGUUUUUUUCUUAAGCUCUAUAAUCGAAUGUUUGCAGUAUAUGAGCAGUUGUUGUAAAGGGAAGAUGUGCCAGAGAAAAUGCAACUGAUAUAAAAUAAUGAAAACCACUGAAUAAAAAGAGAUUUGUGAUAAGUAGGUUCCUCAGAUACUCCUUUAUCUUAAUAUAAAACAUUCCAUUGGUGUCUUGCCUAUAUAAUUUUCUUAUUACUCCCUUAUGGAACAGGAACGACCUUGACACUUUGGAAGCUGUUAAUUAUUGCAGCCUGCAGGAUUAUUAACAUUCUGCUUGGAGCCAAUAAUCAAAUAGCAGGGAUAAUAUUUAAUUAAAAGAGGUGCUUUUUUAUCCUUUAAUUUUAAGCUGACCCCUUCUCUUCUGUUGAGUGAGAGCAAAGGGAAAAAGGAACACCACUUGGUCAUGACUUCCUACAACCCUCCCAUAUUUUCAAACAAUUGUACAGUUAGUGAUGAUUAUUUAAAAUGUAAAAUAAGAGCAAAAGGGCAGGGAGCCAUAUGGCUCAUGGUAUUGGUAGGAGACAAAAGGCUCUUUCAACUUGAGGUCAGUGGCUCCAUUUCAGCUCAGAUUAGCAAUGAUUGAUAGUCAUUAACUUCUGAUAGCCGUAGUGACCCAUAUAAGAGAAGUUUAGUUCCUGGUGAACAGAUGUCUUUGUAUGAAAACUGCCAUAAGUUGAAUUAACUGACCUCUUGUUUGGAGUCUCAAAAGAGUAAAAGAGUGAAGAAGCAUGAGGAUGCUUAGACUGAACACUUGUCCCUCAGUGCAGAUGCCAGAUAUUCAAGCUCUGCUGCAGGGCUUUGGUUAUAGUAGAGAUGUCUGCAUCUUACUGGUCUUUUUGAAACUUCAGUUUUAUGUCACUAGGCUGUCAGCCUUCUUAUAACCAGCAAGGAAAGGUCAGAAAGGAGCUUUCUGGGGCUUGUUGAAUAAAAACUCAUUUAUUUGUAAAAAAUAAAUUGUCAGGAAAUAGAAAGGUUAAAUAUUAGGCAGUUGGACAGGUUGACAUGGGACUCAACAUAGGAGAUGAUCAAGUGUACAUGUUGUUAUUAACCACAGUUCUGUGGCACAGUAGCUGAAAACCUGUACCACUGAUGUUUUUUAUUAUCAGCCAGUUUCUGUGGAACAUUAAAACUGUGUUCUUGCAGUGCUGGGAAAACCAACAAAGAUUAUUGUAUGCACUGUUGUCUGUCCUUACUGAAUAGUGGUUUAUAAAUAUAUAUAUAUGUCAUGUUAACAUAUAUAUGUCCUGUUAACAUAUAUAUGUAUGUUUAUAUAUAUAUAUGUAUAUGUGUGUCCCUGCCAAAGCUAAGCAUGAGUGAAGAUCUCUGAACAGCCCACGGCUGCAGAGUUGUAGCAGAAAUGAGAUUCACUGUCACAGCCUUGCCAGUCAUGAGCUAAGUCUCAAAUAACAGGAAUAUCAGUAUUUUUUUAAAUGGGAUUUUCUUCUUCGCUGUGACACACUUGAGAAGAGUUGUCUUGGAAAGAGAGCAGAUCUCCCUCAUGCUGUUUUGCCCAGGAAUAUGUGGCUGCACAAGGUUCAGAAUUACAGCUGGAAGAUGGAAACAUUUCUCAUUCCCUCUUCUUUGACUGUUCAUGUCAGGAAACACAUGCAGCACCCGAGUCUGGUGCCUAGUUCAGUCCCUCCUGCCUACUGGCUGUGGCAGCUGGCGUGGGUGCCUUCAGCUGAGGGCCCAAGGAGCCGCACUCCUUCACGUUCAUGCCUUUGGUCACUGUAAAUUGCAUGGUGUGGUACCCAGGCUUUAACAUUGGCCCCGCAAAAGAGAUUCUGCUUCAGAUGUUAUCUGCCCCAACUGCUGCUUUAGUUCAGUAUUAUUUGGUAAUUAAACGAGCAGCCUUAUCUGACAGUGCUGCUGCCUAGUAGAUGAUUUGCCAGUUCGUGAUAUGGAGUGUGUUCGCCAGCAGGAACUCAACAAUGGCCAGCAUCUCCGCAGUCAUCUUUGGAGAGCUUAUAUCCAUCUGGAUGUGUCAGCAGGGAUUUAGGAUUGAAUUUCUAGGAUAAAUAAAUGGAAUAGCUUCCAGAUGUAAGGAGAAGCCUUCAGCCUGUUCUGAUUGGUGAGUGUGAGGAAGGAAAUAGCCCAAGAAGCAGGACGUGGAGGAGGAAGUCUCCUCUUUAGCUGGCCUUUACCUGCUGGUGCGUAUGAGAACACUGCCUGCAAAGCCUGACACAUGGCAUGAAGUGAGGUGGUGGGACAAUGCUGCUUCCUGUCCCGUCCGAGGAUGGGAAGGGGCUGGUCAUGGCUUCCAGAGGAUUGGGGAGAACUGUGCCAAGUGAGAGGGCAGACAGUGCUGAGCCAGGGGCAGUGAGCUGGUGAGGAGCAGGGGACAGACAUCGCAGGGGAUGAAAACCUUUGCACUAGCCUGGGCCCCUGACGGGAAUUGCUGCACUCACCUAUGCAGCAGAAGCUCCAAAACUGAGGCUGGUGGUUUUGGGACUUGUUAUUUUUAUUUUUUAAUGAUACGUAUGCAUAAGAUUGGAGUAUAUUCCAUUAUUCCAGAAAGAUGACAGCUAAAUCUGUAAGGAUCACAAGUUUCUUGUAGGAGCCGUGGCAUGCCUUAAUGCUGAUUAUUAGGACUAGAAAAGAGAAUGUUCCCUUGACUGUCAGGAUGUUAUUAUCAAGUGAGAAGUUUUCUGACACUUUGUAAAAUGCCUGUCACAGAUCAUGAGCCUGCAAUACUUAUAUGAAUCCUCAAAAUUUCCCUGAGCAUUUUAAGGAAAUGUAAGUCAACCUGAUAAUCUAAAUAUGCCCUGCAGAUGUGCGAGGAGUAAGAAAAUUUAAAAUGGGACUAACACAAUUUCUUUAUUUUGCUGUUAGUCUGUACUACAAAAGAGGUGAAAGAGAGGAGUUUAGCAGAUAUAAACUCUCAGGACAUUUCUCUGAUCACACAACAAAUAUUUUUACAAACUACUGGACUGUGUGGGUUUGUGGUUCGGUAUGAAACCUCUGGACUCUCAGAUUCUCAGUUGCCAGGUGCAAAAGAGACCAAAGCACUUGCUGUCUGGUGGCAGGUGGUGGAAGGUUAAUGUAUUCGCCUGCUUCCCGAUGGAAGAGCCUUUGUAUGGUUCACCUUGCACAGGGUGGUACCAGUCUGAGGCCAAGGGAAACUAAUUGUCCUCUUAUGCACCCUUGCAGUUUGAUUUCUCCUGCUCAAAAUGUAAAUGCUUUAAGGGUAAAAGUGUGAAGAAAAUUGUUUUGGUUUAUUUUUUUUUUUUGCCUGUGCUAAAGUUGUGAUGUGAAUCGCUGCAGAGCUUUCUUUGGGGAUCUGAAUUUUGGGGCAUACCAGCUGGGUGUUAGGUGUCCCCUGGAGCACCCCAGGAACAUACUGGGAAAUAGAACGUGACACUUUACUUUUUUCUACCUCAUGACGUGUCCACAGGCCGGGCCCUGCCCUGGCCGCUGCCUUCCUGCUGGAGGGAGCUGGAGUCCUGCAGCCGGGGCGGAGGUGCCCACACUCCCCCGCGCCAUGGCGGGUGCCUGCAGCCUCUGCUGGGCUCCCCAGUCUUCAGACAGCUUCUGACUCGCUUUCUCCGUUUCUCGUUUAAACAUCUGUGGCGGAGGCUGGCCAUUUGGGAACUGCCUGGCACCUGCUCGGGACUCUCACUAAAAAGGAGGACCAUUGCCGAAAGGUCCCGGCUGCACCAGGCACGGCCAGCCUUGCCAUCUCAGUGCCAGCCCGGAGCCAGCCCUGCAGCAGAAAUGCUGGAGCCUCUUUCUUAGGAAGCUGUGCUGGGUUGUUUGCUGGUAUUGAUGUGUUUACAGUUUUUACCUUUGUAAUUCUUUUAAACGUCUGUAUGUAGUGAAUAUAAAGUUUACACACUGGGAAAGCAACCGGUUUAAUCUUGUAAAACUCGUUUUUGACCCACGACAAGGCAAAACGUCGCAGUCCAUCGUGAGCUUUUCAAUAGUGCAUUUGAUGCCUUAUUAUAAUUGCGACAACAUCUGUAUAGACUGAAAAAUAAAAGUCUAUAAAGCUGAGUGCUGCCAUCGUGGUCAUCGUUGCUCCUUGCUGACUGGCUGGUCACAGCAGCUGACUCUUUCAAUCUUUCCACAAGC